GAGUCGAAAUAGCGAUAUCUUCAAACUAUCUGAAGAUCGUUCACAUGAGUUUUCAGCUUGACAUCCACUUAGUUUUCUGCUAAUGGAAAUUGAUGGCCUUUGCUUAUGUCAACGAUAAUUUCGGGCAAAAGUCACUUGAAACGCCAUCUUUUCGGUUGUUAAAUUUUGAUGGAGAUGACCAAGGUUUCCCACCCUUCCCAGUCACAACCCGAAUAAUGUUUCAUAAGCUUUUGUAAAAUCAGGAAACCCAAUCAAAAUUCUCCCAAAAUUUGAGGAUGCGGUCAGCACUUCGCACUAUUUGCAGGCAGGCUUUCCGAGGUUUCGCCUGCAAGGUGCCCGCCUUUCCGGACUUGCCGUGCCCUCCGCCUGACCCAAAGUGCUUCUACGUUCCAGAUGGCAAUUGUAAAAGCGCCGAGGAAGUGCUGGCUCGCGAGCUGCCCCGUGAGAAGUUCCUGGAAAAGAUGGAGAAGCACGAGGCGAGGUGCUGCGUCCUGCGAUCGAUUGCCAAAAAUCCCUGCACCCCGAUGACGCGGCCCAAAAAGGUAAAGGAGAAGCCGGAGAAGCCCUUCCGGUCGAUGUGGGAGCCUCCUUGCGAGACGGAGGAGCAGCCAUUCUGCAAGGACAUGCUGCCGCGCUUCGAUGCGAUGUACUACAAUCCCUGCUAUCCACGCUGCUACCAACGCACCUGGGUGGAGUGUCCGCCCGUGAAACAGCGCUUGAAGAAGGUCUGCUGCCUGGACGGCAUCAAACCGCCCGAGGUUCUGUAUCGCAACACGGACCCCUGUUUGAAGACCUGCGGAUUGCCCUUGAAAGAAUUGGGACCCCCAUGUGAAGAAGUCGAUUGGGAACGCGAUCCGUGUGGCAAGUGUCCCAAAAAGUCUUCGCCAUGUUGCAAGCCACCUCGCUGCAAUCCACACUGUCGCCGUUCCAGAAAGCUCUCCCAGUGCACCAAGCUUCGAGCUCCGUAUCCAUCGUUUUCGGAGAAGAGACCUUGGGUCAGACCGCUCCGGAAAAGGGAGUGCAACUGCUUGGAAAAGCUACCCCAAUGUAUAAUUAUUCGGGAGGAAAAAAAACGAGAUAGGGACAUCCGGAAAUAAUUGAAUCCGGAAUAACGCAAAUCGGAACUAGUUUCUAGCGCUUAGCAAUGGAAGCAAGAUGCCAAUCAUUGCUUGGCUCUAGAAACUGGGUUUCCGAUUUCCAUAACUAUCACCUACCCCUACUUUAAUAGUAUAACUCAAUCUAUAACUAGUUUAGAUGUGGCGGAGAUAAAAUUAUUUCAAAAUGAUAAUAAAGAACCAUAAAUUUAUAAAGA